AUGAAGAUACUACCAGUUGACGUAGACGGCUUGGGGAAAAUUAAAAAAAUCCGAAAAGAGAUAAACAGAGAAGAUGGUAAGAAAAAGAAAAAAAAAGAAAAAAAAUCAGACUCAGCUCAGCUGAAUAAGGCAAGUAGUUCCAUCAAAGAUAGUAAAAUCAAUAAAAUUUUAAAAAAGUUGAAAGGAUUGGAUGCUUUGAGAACAGUUAAAAAUGUAAGAGUGGAGAAAAAUGGAAAGAAGGUGAAAGUAGAAAAGGUGCCCAAAGCUGUGAGAAUACAAGAAGCUCGCAAGAAAGGGCGAAAUAUAAAAAAUGGAACCUCUGGAAGGUUACAUUUUACAGAGGAAGAAGAUGAGGAAGAAGAAGAGGGAGAAGACGAGGACCCUCUCCGUGCGAAGGAAAAGGACAUUCAAAACAAAGCGCUCCUGAUGAAAAAACGAAAGGAGAUAAUGAUAAAAAUAGACAAGAGUGGAGGAAACAACAACGAAUGGCUGGAGAAAUUGGACCUGACUUGUUCAGAUAAUUUUUACUUAAAAAAAAUGAAAUUAUUUGGUAAUUGUGAAGAAAGAGAAAACGAAUUUUUAAAAUUCGCUCAUGUAAAUGUAGUUGAAGGACUAAAAAAACUACAAAAUUUACAUAUUGCCUUUAAUAGACCAUAUGACUUUUUAGCUGAUAUGAUAAAAAGUGAUAUACACAUGGAAAGGGUGAGGCAGAAACUUCUCAAGGAUCAUGAACGAGUUGAAGAAAGGGAAAAAAAUAAAAUAAAAAGAUUAAAUAAAAAAUUUAAUAAAAAAAGUGGUUCUUCAAAAGUUAUUAAUCAAAUGGAAGCUAUAGAAAGAAAAAAAAAUAUACAAAAAAUUGAUCAGCUGAAAAAGGAAAAAAAGUUAAACACAUUGAAUGUACAGGAUUUCUUCUUAAAGCAUUCCAAGUCGGACGAGGUUAGUGCAAGCCAUCGAGGGCGUACAAAAAAAUAUAAUGCAGAUCGUUCGACACGCAAGCAAGGAGAAUCAAACGUAAGUGGGAAGGAACAAAUGAAUAGGAGAGGAAAGGAAAAAAUGGACAACAAUCACACAGACAAAACUAUCAAUGGCAAGUCUAACCGAAACGCCAAAAGACACAAGAAUAAUAUACGCUUCAAAACGAAAAAAAGAAUUAGUAAAUCAAAAAAUAAAAGGCGAAAGAAUUUCAAGAGGCGUUAG